UAUUUUGAUUAAAUUUAAAGAUACAUGCUUGAUAUCCAAAAGUGUGCUAGGUAGUUUUGGCAUUGGUUUUGUAAAGUUUUAAGAUAAGAAUAUUUCUUGGAAAUCAUUUAUUGUAAUAGUGACCUUCAGCAGGUGGCCCAAUUUUUCUGAAUGACUGACAAAAUGCCCGAACUCAAGGAGCUGCAGAAAAACCUCGCCCAGACCCAAAUUACGGAUGAAGCUCAAGGGUCUGGGACAGAAUCAGAUUCUGAUGACACAAUUCCCGAGCUGGAGGACGCUGGGGGAGCAGCUGGUGGGGCUGGAGCCUUCCCUGGCCCUGGAGGGCUCUCUAUGGAUAUGGUCAGUAAGGCAAAGCAAUCUCGUGGCGAAAAGAAGGCUCGCAAGAUCAUGUCUAAGCUGGGACUAAAACCUAUUCAAGGUGUUUCAAGAGUAACCAUCAGGAAGUCUAAAAAUAUAUUGUUUGUAAUAAACAAACCUGAUGUAUUUAAGAACCCUGCUUCAGACACCUACAUUGUCUUCGGUGAAGCUAAGAUUGAAGACCUUAGCCAGCAGGCCCAAGUUCAGGCCGCUGAGAAGUUUAAGACACCUGAGGUAGCAGCGGCAGCCGAUGCAACAGGCAGCACGACCGUGGUGGCACCCAUACAAGAGGAGAGUGAGGAAGAAGACGUGGAUGAGACGGGGGUGGAGGAGAAGGACGUCGACCUGGUAAUGUCACAAGCAAAUGUCAGCCGUGCCAAGGCCGUCAGGGCGUUACGCAACAAUCAGAACGACAUCGUUAAUGCUAUUAUGGAACUUACAAUGUGAAGAGAUUCAACAACCUUAUUUUAUUGAUUUAAUUUCUUAAGUCUUAAGUUUUUUUCAACGAAUACUUUAUUUGUGUUAAACACCAUUUUUGAAGAAUAAAAAAUAUUCUGAACUGAACGCCCAAUAAUAGAUACCAGUUAAUUGGUUGUAAGAUUUGAAACUGGUUAUGUAUGACUGGUGUUGGAAUGAGUUAUAGUUAGGAUUUACAACUUUUCAAAUGUUGGUGAAUGAUCUAAAAAAUUAUUAAUUAUACAAAAAGUGUGAAAGAUGAUUUAGUUAUGUUAAAUUAAAACAAUUUUUUCUAAAGAGAUUGGAAAUGUGUUUGUGCACAUUGAUUUAUAGAGUAGUCCGAAUUGGGCAUUAUUGAUUGUUACCGGCAAAUAUCAAGUCCUUUGUCUCAUUGGAAGUUUUUUUUUCAACUGUGUACAAUAGUUGAAAUCUAUUUUGUAUUUAAUAAACUAGUCUAUAGUGCA